AUGUGGCCCACUGAGGUUUCACAGCCUUUAAACCCCUGCGACAGAAACAGUCUGUGUUUAGAUAAUGCCCUGGUCAACCUGGGUAAAUCCUCUGCCUGCCUGUUGUCGGAGGUGAUCAGCCCAGUGGAGGUGGAGUUCAUUAGGUUGGAGCUUAUGGAUGGAGGGAGUCCAGCCUAUUCACAAUUUCUGCUGUGUGUCUUCCAGCUGUUACGAGAACUGAAACACCCAAAUGUGAUCGCCCUCCAGAAAGUGUUCCUGUCCCACAGCGACAGAAAAGUCUGGCUCCUCUUCGAUUAUGCCGAACACGAUCUUUGGCACAUCAUCAAGUUCCACCGCGCCUCCAAGGCCAACAAGAAGCCCAUGCAGCUGCCCCGAGGGAUGGUGAAGUCUCUCCUGUAUCAGAUUCUGGAUGGGAUCCAUUACCUCCAUGCCAACUGGGUGCUCCACAGGGAUCUGAAACCAGCGAACAUCCUGGUGAUGGGGGAAGGUCCUGAACGGGGAAGAGUUAAAAUCGCUGACAUGGGUUUCGCCAGACUCUUCAACUCUCCCCUCAAGCCGCUGGCAGACCUCGACCCGGUGGUGGUGACAUUCUGGUACAGGGCCCCUGAGCUGCUGCUGGGGGCCCGACACUACACCAAAGCUAUCGAUAUUUGGGCGAUUGGCUGCAUCUUCGCGGAACUGCUAACGUCGGAGCCCAUCUUUCACUGUCGCCAGGAAGACAUCAAGACCAGUAACCCCUUCCAUCACGACCAGCUGGACAGGAUAUUCAGCGUCAUGGGUUUCCCCGCAGACAAAGACUGGGAAGAUAUCAGGAAGAUGCCAGAGUACCCCACACUGCAGAAAGACUUCAGGAGGACAACGUAUGCAAACAGCAGCUUAAUCAAAUACAUGGAGAAGCAUAAAGUCAAACCGGACAGCAAGGUUUUCCUCUUGCUGCAGAAACUCCUCACCAUGGACCCCACCAAAAGAAUCACAUCAGAACAGGCGCUGCAGGACCCCUACUUCCUGGAAGACCCUCUACCAACCACUGACGUGUUUGCUGGCUGUCAGAUCCCCUACCCAAAACGGGAGUUUCUUAAUGAAGAUGAGCCAGAGGAGAAAACAGAAAAGAAUCAGACCCAGCAGCACCAGCAGACGACGGGCCAGACUCAGGCCCAGAACCAGCAGCAGACGGCGGCCCAGCAGGCUCCCUCCCAGCAGAGCUCGGCUCAAACCAACGGCACCGCUGGAGCCACGGGGGCCACCGCUGGCGGGGGGCUGCAGCACGGUCAGGACCAGGGGCCCCCUAACAAGAAACCUCGGAUCGGGCCCUCUGGGGCCUCGUCAGGCACCGGGGUGCUACAGUCAGAGUACCAGCACUCCGGCUCCCGCCUUGGUUACCAAAGCAACGUCCAAGGUUCCACUCAGCCCCAGAGCACCAUGGGAUACUCGUCAUCCUCCCAGCAGAGCUCCCAGUACUCCCACCAGACCCACCGCUACUGAGGCUCCCAGUCACUCCUGAACCAGCAGAGGAGUCGCGUCCUCCUCGUCUUCAACCAACCUCAGCAGACGUCGCCCUCGACUCCCCUCGUCCCGGUCGGAACCCCCGUCACGUCAUUCCAACUCCUCCUUUCUCCACCUUUUACCCGACAGCCUUCGACGGCACUCUAACAUGAAGGCAAGCAAAACAUAGGAACCAAAAAAUUAAAAAAAAGAAAGAAAAUCCAACAACGACACACGUUCUGCCUCGUUGGGCUGGUGAGACGUUUU